GGGGGGUUGUGCCCUAACUUAUCGGUAUCAUUGAGGAUUACUUUUAGUCUCAGGGUGCGGUGGGUGAGAUUGAAGACGCAGGGCAUACCGGCAGGCCCAAGGGGCUGGUUUUUUGUUUUUUUUUGGCUCGAUGAGGCCCUGCGUAGCGUAUCCAUCCAGGGUUGAAGGGAGAGAGAUGGGGGGGGCAAUAUCAUACAUAUCAUCGUAUGAUAUCAUACUCCUCCGGAAGCACGAAAAAAGCACUCUUCUGCCUUUCUUCCUAUGAUACAGCCCUUUAUUUCUUCCAAAUAUCAUAACUUAGCUCCAACGUCUUCCCCAAACAAAUUUGACUUACCGGUAGACUAUCCCUCCCCCUCCCUAGCCCAACAUCUCUACCGGAGAACUACGAUGCGUGCAAUCAAUCUUCCAGACGCCCCCCGAGACGCCCCCCGAAUCAGAACCAACCCCGCUGCAAAGAUAUCCCAGACAGUUUAUCUCCCGCAGGCUUGCCUGCCCGUUUGUCCCUUCUUCUUCUUCGGGCGCAGAGUUUGUAGAUCAACCGCUUUACCAUCCUUUCACUCCUAGUCCAUGCCGGAGUAGUCCCCUAUGAUACCUAUGGCUCGCGGUGGUAAGCCAAUCAGUCUUGAACCCUUCACUCUAUCCCAGUUUGUGCGUCGCUCCUCCUCCGCCUAGCGGUUCGUCCACUGUCGUGGUGCCUACGGUAUUUCGGGCAUGGGUAUAAUGAGCUAGUUAAUGGUAGGCCCGGAGGUUAUCGUACCAGUAUUGCGGUGCUUUGCGUCGCGAGGGCCUCAACAGCAGGAACAAUGAUGCGGAGGACGGGAAUGCCAUAGCUACGGGUCCGGUUGCCAUCCAUGAGGAUACUGUUAUGAGGGAAGCAGUGAUUCGCUCC